CACACACACACACACACACACACACACACACACACACACACACACACACACACACAAUUAGAUUAACUAAAAUGUUAUUUUUCACCUAACUGAUGGGAUUUGUUCCUCCAGUUUGAUUCUCUUCAGUUUCAUAUCUGACGUGAUCGUUUGACUUAAACUUGAGGAGAACGAUAACUUUAAAAUGGGUGGAUUUCCCUAAACAUCUGGAAAACCAGUAAACAUUUUUACUAGUAUAAUUUUUUUAAAGUUCGUUAUUUGGCCUCUUGUGCUAAAAAUGAUUAAAGUCGAGAUAAAACGGAAAAUUAAUUGAAAUGAUGAUAAAUUUAGGAAGAAAUCAAAUUCCUUCUUGGGGGACGAGCAGCGAUGGAGCCUAACACAUGUAGCUUUAAGUGGUUUUUACGGUCCCACAGAUGUAGCGUGUACCUGAAGGAGUCACAUGACCGUCCUUGCUCUGGCAGACACAUUUUUAUUAUAUCCAACUUUCUUUUGUUGUGGGACUCCAGGCUGAAAUACUUGUUUCCUGGAAAGCUUUCCAACAGGCUCAUAUUAGUUUCUGUCUUCCUGGUGUCGCCCUCCCCUGCAGCCUUUUUGGAUGUGGGCUUGGAACCCUCCCUGCCUAAUUGUAUAUAGAGUAGGAUCAUUUUACCCUUCUGCUCUGCACUUUAUCCUCCACACUGUUCUUGUCACUGGCAGCCUUGAUGCAACAAUCUCCAUUUUAAAACAGCGGGGUCAAUUUCCACCUUGCUCCUGCAUCUGGCUCUGCAAAAGCGUCUCCUGUUUCUCCGGCUCCAAGUGUUCUGGAUCCCCCCCCCCCCCCCCCCCCUUCAUCUGCUACUUUAUUUAAAUAUUUGCCUCUUCUCUUCAUGUGAAACUAUUCCCAUCUGCCUGAGUAGGAUGCUGUGAAGCCCAGUUUGUGACUGUGAUGAAGGACUCCUGACAGGAAAACAAAAGCAGGGGGGUUGAUGCACUUGUGAACCGUGUAGACCGUCAUUCAAUUCCUGCUUAUGUAUUAAUAAAGGCUUUACACCCCAGGGGGAGGUCGUAAGGUGUAAGUGCAUGCCUGUGUGUCUUGCAUGCAUGUCUCUUGAGUGCAGGAGCUAAUUUGUGCCACUGCUCAUUUUUCCUGUAAUGAUAUCGGAAGGGGAGGACAGCAAAGUCUUUGGUAACAGAGGACUGUCUUGUGUGACCUGUUUUAACAAGGAACCAAAGAUGCUACUGGAGCUUAUUAAAGGUUUGGGCGUCACUGAUGACUGUUCUGGACAGAUGGUGAGUUCUUUAUCUUUGUGAAAGUUUGAAUGUUUCCACAAACCGUUGCUAAAUGCAUCUUUUCAAACAGGUUUUUGUUCUGGUGUGGUCAAACGCGGUUUGUGAAUUAUUUCCCCAGUCGGGUAUAAGACCUCUGAAGAGGCCUUGUGUUUAGGGAUAAGAACGCGACUUAAAUGAGUUUUCUGUCAUUUUGAGGUAAGCAGAAAGUGUUUUACUGACUGAGUUGUGUUGAUGUUUUCACGUGUGCAUUCAUAUGCUGUCAUAGAUGUUUGUUUUCAUGCUUUUCUUCCAGAGAAUGCAUAGUUACAAUUUUCUCUUAUGCCGUCGACGUCUUUAUUUCGGUGAGGAUAAUUAUCAUCAUAAUGAAGUUCAACAGUUUAAAGCUACUUUUAAGCCUCUUGCUUUGUUGGUUUCCAGCAUUUCUAAACCUGUUGAUUGUUUCAGGUAUUGUUGAGGAAUUAUUCUUACUAAAAUGAUAAAACAGUUUUUAGAGUAGCAAUUUUCUAAAAUCAUCUGGGAUCUUUUAAUGAACUGAAUCAUGUGCAUUUCCAGUAAAUCAGUUUUGUUAAUUUGUUUGUAUUUUAAGUUUAAACAUUUCUCUAUUCUUUUGAAACAUGAUGCAUAAUAAGUCCAAAGUACAAUUUCUGUGUUUUCAGCAUUGGAAAUAUUGUUUUUGUGCUAUUUUCAAGAGUUUACAUAAUAAAUAAUUUACAAAUACCGUAAUUCAAUUUUGUAAAAAAAUAAAAAAUUAAGUGAAACACGUUUUUCCUAUAUUUUUAUUCUCUUUUAUCCUCUCUAACUGUUUAUGUAGAUUUGAAGAUUUUUGUAGCAUUUUCUGACUAAUUCAGUUUAAAUUAACAAUCAAUUGUGAAUUAAUUGUAUUAAAAAAGGACAAUUUUACAUUUAAGAAAGCCAUUUCUAAACUAUUGUCAUCCUUUCUCAUUUACAUCUCUUACAGCAGGUCAUCCCCAACAUCUCAGCUGCACAUGAAGCCACACACAUUCCUGAAGUGAACAAAGAGAAGAAACCUUUACUCAAGGAUCCGCUGUCACCGUUGUCCUCAUGGACCAGCCAUCCAACCCUGCGCCUCCCUUUGAGGUGGACGUGGACCUCGGUUUUGCCCUCUUCUUCCUCUUCCUGCUGUGUUUCUUCCUUCUGGCCACAGUCGUGCGUUGUGCUCAGACAGUAGUGGAUCCUUAUGGCUCGAUCUCCACCUCGACCUACCAGGAGGAGCAGAUCACCUGAGGCGGAAAUGAAGGCCGUCUCAUCUCUCAUCCACAGGACUUUGCAGGAAUUUUUAAAAACACUCGCUGGUGUAUGAAUGUUGCAUUUGUACUAAACUAUAUUGGAUGUUUAUAGAUAUGUUAUCCUUUUGAUUCCUUUGCAUAACCUUAAACGCAUUUCGGAUAAGACAAAAGAAGCUGAACCCAGAAUAUUAGUGCAGUUUUAUAGUCUAAUCUGUACAAAUUAAGUUCCUUAUUUAUUUAUGCUUUUAUAUUGAUAUAUUUUACACUGCUUCCAAAGCAAAGAUUUUCUUAAUGUUAACACACGUGUCAAAGAGAUAUUUAAAAACAGAAACCAUUAAAUCAAGAACAGAAGAGAUUGAUAUUUUAAGUCCAAAAAGAGUAAAAUAAGAAUGAAGGCCACUGGACGUCUCAUUAAGUGUCCUUAAUUUAAAAACAAAACAAAAUUCAAUAAUUAAACCUGCAUUUUAUCUUUCUUUGUCUGAUUUCAAUGUUUUAGAAUGUACAAAGGCUUUUAGUUUCAUUUCCAAGGUUAGAACUUAUAAAGUUUUGGUUCAAAUUGAUUCAAUUGAACAUUGAAGCUUCUGAUACAUUAAAUUAUUUCGUUAAUUUACUCAUAUGUUUAACCCUUAGAUCAUUCGGUGGAGCAAAUGUCAGACCCUGUAUUUUAUUCAAGCAUGAGCUAAACUUGAAUAAAUCGAUACAAUUUUCAAAAGAGAAACCAGAGAGAGAUAUUGUAGUCUAUAAUGUCAAAUCUUGCACGUCAUUGAAAGAGUCUUAAAAAUGUUUGACUUAAUUUUAAUUUUCUCUUCCUUGUAUUGUAAAUUUCUGAGAUGGAGUAAGAGGUAGGGAGGACACUGUUCUCCUGCCCCUUGCGCUUUCAGUCACAGAAUGCA